AUGAGCGCCGUCCCCAAGUUGUGCUCUGACAAAUUUCUUGUCGGCAAAGAUCUUAUUGACGCCACCCGUUGCAGUGAGAAUAUUGUGUUUACUUCCGUCACAUCAAACGGCAAGGCCACCUGCAAUUCAACUGACCCACUAGUGGAACAACGUGUUUAUUCAAGUUUUUUUCGACAAUUACAUCAGGAGCACGCCAGUCCCGAAUGUCGAGUGGCAGAAGGACAUCUGAUAAACGGGGACGACCUCGGGAGGUGUGCCUAUCUCGUGGAAAUCACUACCCUUCGCGGAAAGUUCAUGCGCAAAUAUGGCUUCUCUCGUCACAAAGCAUAUUACCUCUACCCUGAGGAGGCUGUCUACCUUUCCGAGUGUGGUCAUCUGCAGGUGUACGACCGUGGCCUGCCUCUUAGCUUGCAACAACUUUGUAAUACCAUUUUUCGCAGUGACUUCGAAUUCUCCUGUUACACUGCUUACGCAUGGCUUGUUCGGCAAGGUUUCGUGCUUCGAAGGCAUGAAACGACGGUCGCUGUAACUGCGGGUUCUUUUGCAAAGGAUGUGAAGUUGAAGUCCAGCAGUGUGCAGGACAACCCAUUUCCUACGAUUGGCGUCCCAAAAUCGGCAGAGAGACAGCACGAUGACGACACCAACUCAGAAUUCCUUACGGCAUCACCCUCUGACCUCAAUAUAAUUGGUGAGGAGGGGUUGAAGGGGAUGGUAUUGUCGGACCUCCCACUUCAUUUCGAAGCUUACAAUGCAAGCGCAAGUACAACGAGUGCUUCGUUUGCUGUGUUCAAUGUUUUUGACGAUCGAACUGGUGUUUUCGCGAAAAAUGGGUCCAUAGAACCGGAUUUUGUGUUAGUUGUUAUGGUACUAGGGGAUGGUGUGGACUUCUUACCUAACAAACAAUUUCGAAGACACUUUGGACUCCCAUUGGAAGCUCAAAUUGUGCUAGCAACAGUUGAUAAUGGUGAUGUAUAUUUGCAGUGUGCAACUCCAUUUUCCAUCCCAUGUAUAAAUCAAACUUGA